GCUAGUUGUUAUCUCGAAUUCUAUUGGACAAUUAUGGUAAGCGCCAUUUUGCCGCCAUUGUGAAAAUUUAAAAGCCCGAGCAUCAUGUCAGAUACAGAAAACAACAAAGAAACCGCAACAGAAGUGGAAGACAUGGAAGAAGACAAUGAGGCUAUUCCAGACACUUCAAAGGAAGAGGAAUCAUCAGAGGAAGAUAAAACUCCGGUAAAAUCAUCACCAAAGAAGGCAGCAAAUGAAAAGGCUGGGGAAUCAGGGAGUGAUGAUGAAGAAGAGGAGGAAGAAUUGCAACCUGGUCUUUUAGAACGUCCAGUGAUUAUCGAAUCUGGUAAAAGACGGGAGAAGAAGAAAGUAGAGCGGCUAAGUAUGCAGGAAACAGUUCCAAAGGAAACAAAAAAAUUUGAGGUGGGAGAUGGUGCAGGUGACAAGUUUGGAGAAUGUGCACGAAUUGAGUUCCACAUUUCAAAAGCGAAGGUAGACGAUUUAAAAGCUUUACACAGGUUAUGCUUCAAUAGCCCAGGAAAGGCAACCCUAAUUAGGAAGAAUUUACGUUUAUUUAAUGGGUUUACGUUCAGUAAAAAUGAUGAUGAAUACAAGAAGAAAUUAGCAAAUCUUAAGAAACAAACUGUAGCAGUCCUAAAGAAAAUGUGUGAAGUGUUGGACUUGGAAAGGAAAGGUGUUCGUGAUGAAAUAGCAGAGAGGAUAAUGGAGUUUUGUUUGUGUCCUAAAGACUCAGGAAAAGCCAUCCCACCAUCCAAAAAGCGAAAGAGGCAGUCAAAAUCAGGUGGGAAGGUAGAAGAGAAAAAGAAGACUGUCAAAAAGGAGAAGAAAACUCCCAAAAGUGCCAGCAAGCCGAAAAAAUCUACAUCAGAUGCUGAGGAAUCAGAAAGUGAAGAAGAAUCCGAUGAAAGCAAGGAGGAGUCCGGAUCUUCAGAGGAGGAGGAGGAGGAAGAAGAGACACCACCUGCAAAGAAAAAGAAGGCAGAAACACCCAAGAAACCUGCAGCGAAGAAAACCCCAGUCAAGAAAGAGACAAAGAAAGAGACCAAGAAAGAGAAGAAAGUAUCUCCUAAGAAGGCUGAAUCAUCAGAUGAGGAGAGUGAUGAAGAUUCUGAUGAAGAACCACUUGUCAAGAAAAAGGAGCCACAGCCUCCUUCAGACAAGGAAUUAAAAGGUUUGAUUAAGAAGAUUCUUGACAAAGCGAACUUGGAGGAAGUAACAAUGAAGACAGUUGUUAAACAAGUUUAUGCUAAAUAUCCAACAUUUGAUCUGUCCAAUCGGAAAGAUUUCAUAAAAGAAACAGUUAGAGAGAUGAUUUCGUGACCAUCUACUAUGUGAUCUCAUGAAGUUUUACACACACAAUGGCAGCAGAAUGUUUGAUAGUAUAAGUAAGGGGAGCUAACAACUGGCUGUAAAUGGCUUUCCGUGGUCUCUUAGCAUCCUGUGAUUCCUGGAUACACUCCACAGUUCUUUCUCUCGUCGCUUUCAGCAAUGUCGGCUGGUUAAACAUGUUGGUGUUAUGAAGGAGUAUUCUGUACAGAAAGAUGGCGAACCAAAAUUCUUGAAAAGCUAUACUUUGUGUGAAAUUAUGAAUCAUGAAAUUAUAAGAAAUAGGGUCUACUGUGCAGGUUCUGCGAGAGGAAUUGGAAUAUGUAAAUCAUUUUUCAAUACACAUGAACAUGUAUAUUUGAGGUGUAAAAAAAUGUUUCAUUAUUUCAAUUUUCUCCAUCUUCACAAGUCAUGGGUUAUUGAUUCAUUACCUGGCACUAACCCUUGACAUCAGUUGCUAUAUUAUGAUUAAACCAUUACGCAAUCCACUAUAAAUAAAACAUCCAAUGAAAUUGCUGCAUCUUGUUAUGGUGUACAUGGAUACAAAUGACGCGAUCUCAUACGACUGUAUUGAUAAACACGCACAAUUGUAAUAUUUACACCACUAAUUACGUUUAUUAAUAGUAGAUCAAGUUUGGAAACCUUUUUGCUUAAGACAAUAUUGCUUAAACGAUUGAAAUAGCCAUAACUGUAGGUAUCAAUACAUGUGUUUUUAUUUUAAUCUCUCGCUCCGCGUUGUUAUAAAUAGAACUGCAUUCUCAUUGGUUCCCACUCUUUUGUGGAAACAAUCGGAACGAGCCCAACUUUUUGAUAGUCACUGUUGUCAAGGGUUAGUUCGAGGUAGCGAAUCAAUAACCCUUGGCUUGUGAAGAUGAAUUUUCUCAUACAGUAUUUUUUUUAUGCUUUGUAUCUGAGAGGACAAUGUCAUAAAUGAUUUUUAUUACCACUCAUAAACAGGACAUAUCAUGGCUGAGUCUGUAGAUACCUGAAGUUUUCUGUACAUCUGUGUCAAUUCUAUCUAUGUUAAUUAUCAUGUAGCAACAAAUUCAUUGAGAAAUUUUGUUUAUGGCAGUUAUAGACCUCGGACGGUUUUCUCUCUGCUUUUGGUGAAUUUGUGUCAUCCAAGUUAUAUAAAUUUUGAGCACUGUCCACAAGUUCAACCCUAUACCACUAUGGUAAUAAAUUUUUAGGUCAUUUUCUGCCAUGGUUUAUGAUGAUGGAAUUUUAUAUAUAAUUUUGUUCAAAUUAGACUACAACUGUAGUUGCUUAUUGGCAUAUUUUGUAAUGAUGCCAACAAUGAAUUUAUUUUUAUAUUGAUAGGGAUUUCAUUGGAUGUUAAUAUACACAGUGCAAUUUUACGUAAUGAAAGUCAAAAGUCCCUGUUGUAGUUAAUGAUGAGCAUGUUUUGUACUGUCGAGUAUCAAUGAAUUUAGUAUUUCAUCAGAUAUUUAAAAAGUAUCAAAACUAUAGCAUUCAAGUCGAAAAUUCUUUUACUGCGUGUCGUGUGAGUGGAGAUAUAUGCUCGGUAAGCUAUGGAGUGAGUUCCUUCCUUACAGUUUUAGACGUACUGUAAACAUGGAUAGAUGUGUCCCGUGUUGUUGAUUUGAUAUCCAUAUUUCCUUUGCUUACUAUAUUUGUAAGGUUUAAUUAUGUAAUGUCAGUACCAUCAAUUGAUAAAUUGCAUAAUUAUGGGAAAAUUACAUGUGGGAGUGAUUUACAUGAAAAUCUUGUAAUUGCAUAUUUAAUGUAAAUAACCCCCUCAUGAAAUUUCCAUGUCUACAGUAUAUGCACUAAUACUCGUAUUCUGUUUUAAUAUCUUAAGACAUUCUACAGUUUAGUUUCACCAAUAGAAAGACAAAUUUCUUGACAUUUUACAAUGUUGAUGAUAGACUUGCUGGUAGGCUGUGUUUGUCAGCAAUAGGAAACGCCUAUUGUUGGUUAUUUGUGAUGCCCCAGUUUGCAGCAGUUCCUUGUAAUGUAUGUAUUGUGCAUUUAUUUUGAAAAUCAGAUGUGAAAGGACAGAAGUGAAUGAAAAAUAUUUUAAGCAUCAUCUCUUUUGAAGUAGAAAGCAAUUUAAUUCAUUUUUAUGGGGACAGACCAUCUUCAUGAGUAUGUAAUUCAUUGAACAUACAGAGCGACACUUUCUCCUCUUUUACUUUGUAGGAGUGUCUAAUGAAUUUUUUAUUUAUGAUAUUUUUAACAAAAUAUGUAUAAUUUUUAUUGUACAGCACAAAACACUGCAUUUCACCACAGACCAGGGAUACAAAUCAGCAUCAAUAUGCAGGGGUUUUGUGCUUGUGUUGUAUGUUUCUUAACUCUAGGCAUCCAUUUCAUUGUUGUAAAUGUUAUCAUGAUUAAAAUUAAAUUUGUAAAAUAAAAUGGAAAUAUGUACUGAU